CGAUCCGCCAUUUUGCGUUCAAACACCGUUCGAAAAUGAGGGCACAUUUUGAUCAGUAGUGCAUUAGGGCACAUCUUUUCGACAGCAAAGAUGAGCCCUUUCUCUGCUUUCAAAAUCUUGAAUAUAGGCCGCCACCCUGAAGUUCUUUGGGCUCAGCGCGCCGACAAGGUUUACCUGACUGUUGCUUUACCGGAUGCGAAAGAUGUUUCAGUUAAAUGUGAGCCUCAGGGUUUGUUUAGUUUCUCUGCUGUGGGUGUACAGGGCGAAUCCUUUCACUUCAGUUUGGAACUUUAUGGAAAACUCAAACCUGAGGGUUAUAAAACUAAUGUAGGGUUAAGGAACAUAAUAUGCUCAAUACAGAAAGAAGAGAAGGGUUGGUGGAAAAGACUGCUCAAGACAGUAGAUAAACCGGCACCUUAUAUCAAGGUUGACUGGAACAAAUGGUAUGAUGAAGAUGAUGAAGAAUCCAAUUCUGACUGGGCCUCAGAUGGAGAUGGUGUUGAGGACAUUAACCAAGAGGAGGGAAGCAGUGAAGACGAAGGAAUGCUUUAUUUGACUCUCGGUUUGCAUGACUGCAGAUCUCCCUGAUUUGGAAAAGGCAAGAGGAAAGUAAUGGUAACGCGAGAUAGGUUUCACUAGGCACUCAUGGCUGCAGUCUGUAAAUAUCGGGUCUGUUAUAUGCUUGCGUUGUCUCUCAAAUCCAUUGGAAUCUGAACACUUCUUAAAGUUUUGGCUCAGAUGGUUGUAAAACUUUACAUCUUUCGGCUCUAUUACCUUUGCUGAAGGUGUUUCUUAGUUUCUCCAAUAAAGAACAUCCCGUUGAGACGGAAUUUUUC